AUGCUACAAGCGCUCUCCGGUAAAGGAAAGACACAGCCGCAGGCAAACAGCAAGCCGGCUGCAAAGCCACAGGCAAAGCCGCCGUCAGCACCUUCAACACCCAAGGGAACACCUAGAGUAGAGCAGCCACCUGCGAAGAAGGCUGCAGAGCAGCCAAAACAACCGCCUGACUCCCCUGCCAAAGUAGCAGGCAAAGCACCAGCACCACCUAAAGCAGUGCCCAAGCCAGCAGUGAAGGCAGCACAAGCGCCUCCUGCAAAAGCAGCAGCCAAGCCAGUGCAAGCGCCUCCUGCGCAAGCAGUAGCCAAGGCGGCACAAGUGCCUCCUGCAAAAGCAGCAGCCAAGCCGGCGCAAGCCUCUCCUGUCCAAGCAGAAGCCAAGGCGGCACAAGUGCCUCCCGCGAAAGCAGCAGCCAAGCCAGCCCAAGUGCCUCCUGCUAAAGCGGUGGCGCAGGCCCCGCAAGCGCCUCCUGCAAAAGCAGCAGCCAAGCCAGCGCAAGCGCUUCCUGCCCAAGCAGAAGCCAAGGCAGCACAAGCGCCUCCCGCAAAAGCAGCAGCGAAGCCAGCACAAGUGCCUCCUGCUAAAGCGGUGGCGCAGGCCCCGCAAGCGCCUCCUGCAGCCAAGCCAGCGCAAGCGCCUCUUGCCCAAGCAGAAGCCAAGGCGGUACAAGUGCCUCUUGCGAAAGCAGCAGCCAAGCCAGCGCAAGCGUCUCCUGUCCAAGCAGAAGCCAAGGCGGCACAAGUGCCUCCUGCAAAAGCAGCAGCCAAGCCAGCGCAAGCGCCUCCUGCCCAAGCAGAAGCCAAGGCGGCACAAGUGCCUCCCGCAAAAGCUGCAGCGAAGCCAGCCCAAGUGCCUCCUACUAAAGCGGUGGCGCCCGCGCAAGCGCCUUUUGCAAAAGCGGCGGCCAAGCCAGCACAAGCGCCUCCUGCCCAAGCACAAGCCAAGGCAGCACAAGCGCCUCCUGCAAAAGCAGCAGCCAAGUCAGCACAAGCGCCUCCGGCAAAAGCAGCUGCUAAGCCACAAGCACAACAACCUCCUACCAAGGCUCAGGGACAGCCGAAGGAAAUGGCAGCAGAAUUUCAAUCCAAAAGUCCUGCCAAAGCGCAGCCUGCCAAAGCAGCACAGCCUGUGCAAGCAGAAGUGGAGCAACCACUGGAGACACUGCCCCCCAAGGCAACAGGGCCAGCGCCAUUGACAGCUGCAGAAGUAGAUGACAGUAUUGCGCUGGAAAGGCAGCUGUCGCAAGCAGAUGAGGUACAGCCUGAAAGGGGAGAAGUGGCAGACACUGACAUACACUUGCUCGUGCCAAGCUUGGGACAAAGCAUGUCCGACCACGACAAGCAAGUUGCAGAACAGAUCGACCUUGACGUGCCUCGGACUUUCCCAAAAGUGCCAGAGGUUGAUCAGCAACGGGAGGCCGUCCGAAGAGUCCUGCUGACGUACAGCAAGAACAACCCCCACAUCGGAUACUGCCAGGGCAUGAGUUUCCCGGCAGCAGUCUUCUGUGCCAACCUGGCCGAACCAGAGGCGACAGAGAAGUUCCACUGCUGUUUGGAGAAAAUCCGCGAGCUUUGGCUUCCUGGAUUUCAUGUCUUUGAGACUGCAAAGCAGGCUUUCGACUCGUUGCUAGCGUUGCAGUCGCCCACCCUGUCACGAUCCCUUCAGACCCAGGGCAUCAUCCUGGAUGUGUUUUUGCUCGAUGCAUGGCUGACGCUGUUCGCUCGCUGGCUUCCCUUCGCAAUGCUUCCGCAAGUUCUGGAAUUUGUUGAAUUUCAUGGCUUUUCUGGAAUGCUGUGCCUGACUGUCGCGGUGGUGGAGUCACACGGUCAAGCCAUCAUCGGGGUGGAGAAGCACAACGCUCUGCUGGAACUUUGGCAAUGUUUACAAUGGGAUGCUGCACAACCUCGCGUACGUACCCUUCUCGAAGUGGCACGAGGCCUCAUGCCGAAGGCUAGCGAGCUGCUGGCGGAGCAGUGCACUCUGCGACAGAAGAAUGUGCAGCUGCCAUUUGAAAGAAGAGGUCCGCAAAUUGUCCAUGCCGACACGGGCACUGACAUCUUGGAGCUCUUGUCAGAGGAGUCUUGGGAGAAGUGGAAGGCCCAAGCUGAGACAUUCCGAAAGGCGCCCCGCUCGGAACACUCAGAGAAGGACACCAAGUCCAGCAAGAGCAGCAGCUUCUUGAACAUCUUCAAGGGCCAUACCUAUGUCAAGGAUGCCUCGCUCGAAUACUUGCAUGCGCAGCUGACAGGUGGGAAGAAGUCGAUGUCCCUCCAUGGCCCCAGGCAUCGGGAGUCUGCCAUGCAACGGGCAGAAACUCCAACAAGGCCGCCCAACAGCUCAUCCGCAGAUACCCACUUUGUGCCACUGCGGCACAGCCUCAAGCUCUCGGAGCGCUUCCGGCCAGCCCCGGGCGCUGCCCGGCAGCUCAGUUGGCUGUAUCGCAUGAGGCGCCUGGCAUGGGCUCAGAAGAGGUCACCCAGGGCAGUUCCCAGCACCCCAGCCUCCGCUGCACGUCACUGUGCAUGGAGCCACAUGAAGCGGGGCGCGAAGCUGUCCUUCGACGAGUCAUCUUCGGAUGGCGAGGGUGCGGCGGAGGGAGUGCAAGUCGGCCUGUGGAGCGCCAAAGCUAGGCUGCCAAAGAUCCAGCGGGGAGUGCCGAAGCUCCCUCAGAGCGAGGCGGCCUCCGAAAAGGCAGCCCUUCCUGAAGCGCAGACGCUUGCGCAGGUGGCCGCGCUCCGUGCAGCCUUAGGCCUUGGCCGCUCAAAGGCGGAGGAGAGGCCGCUUGACUCAGAAGCCUUGGAGCAAGCCCCAGCUCCCAAGCUGCCUGCCAGCAUGCGGGACAUCGAGACAUUCUCGGAAUUUCUGCGGCUAAGCCCUGCGAUACAAGAAGCCUCCAUGAAGAUGUCCUCGGAGGAGCUCACAGCGCUUUGUGAGACUGCAGCACGACUGAAGUUUUUCGAUGGCGAGCUUUUCGAAGCGGUCUUCGUGCACAUCAGGUGCCGCAUCCGCUGGGGCCAAUUCGACAUCCAUCAAGUCACGGCAGUGGCACAACACCUGGUGGAUUUGAAUGCAACUGAUCCGGAGGUGUUCCGCGACAUGACCCAGUGGCUGCAGCAGCGCGUGGGGCUGAUGUCCAAGGCGCAGCGGCUGCAGUGGCUGAAGCUGCUUGCAGCAGCAGGUCGAAGUGAGGAGGAUGAAGACUUCGAGGUAAGACUUCGCACGGACCCCCUGCCUGGCGGUGUGGACGUGUCCGCGUCGGAUGAUUUCAUGGUUUGCUGGGACUUUGUCCGGACUGGCAACUGCCCGCGUGGCUCCAGUUGCCGGUGGAACCACCCGUCCAAGUGA